AUGUUGUUUAUAAUUGCAGGAUAUUUACUUUUAUUGUACGGUAUCGUGGAAGCUCUCCCCCAUGCCAGCAACCACUCCGCUACUCCCAAGGGCAGUUUGAACUGGGCGCCCUGCGACCUCGACUUCCCUCAAUCGCUACAAGACGCAAUCACGGUUCCUAUAGAUUGUGCGACUCUCAAAGUCCCCCUUGACUACACCAAUCCCAAAGAUGGGAAAAUGCUGGACCUUCAGCUGGUCAAGGUAAAUGCCACCCAGAGGCCACGAAAAGGGAGUGUCAUCUUCAACCCGGGAGGGCCUGGCUCCUCUGGCGUGGAAGAAGUGGUCCAGCAGGGACCGCUGUAUGUUGAGACGUUGGGUGGACAAUACGAUAUCAUUGGAUUUGACGCUCGGGGUACCGGUCAUACUAUCCCAUAUACAUGCAAGCUACCGGAGAAUAAGUCGAACACAACAGCCCGUCGCGGCACACCAGUAACGACACUGCCGCAGGAAGACGUCUGGAGCUUACUGGAGUCUAAAGCGUGGCAUGAUGGAGGUAUCCUAGCCGAUGCUUGCUACGAUACCUUCAAGGAUACCGGUCACUUGUAUGGCACCGCGUUUGUUGCUCGCGAUAUGCUCCAGAUCGUCGACGCUCUGAAUGAAGACGGCAUGCUACGAUUCUGGGGGCGGUCUUACAGUACCGUCCUGGGCCAGACGUUUGCGGCCAUGUUCCCGGACCGUGUAGGCCGGAUGCUUCUCGACAGUGUCCUCCUGGCGGACGACUACUUCUCGGGCACGUGGCUGACAGCAAUCCGCCAGACAGACAACUCCCUGAACAAUUUCUUCUCCGAGUGUAUCGUCGCUGGGCCUGAAAAGUGUCCAUUUGCCAACCAAACCGGGCCUGACACCACGCCUCAGGACCUCACCGCUGCCCUGGGUGAGGUCUUCCAGGAACUGAUCGACGAACCCAUCAUCCUCCCGGACAAUUUCCCCCUGCAGUACUGGUGGCAGCCCGGGGGCCUGAACCUUUUGAACCAGCUGAAAUUCGGCAUCUUCAAUGCGCUCUUCAACCCCAGCUCAUCCACAGUACUCAUGGUUCAAAUACAUAUGGCGUUUUCGCGCGAGUGGAUCGGCUAUACGAACCCGACUGACCAGGCUGAGGCUCUCUCGUGGAACCUCCAAAAACAAGCUUUCCAUGGAAUUGGCUGCUCCGACACCAGGUUCCGGGCCGACACCACCCAGGAGAUGUAUAGCUUGAUUCAGACGCAGUCGCAGCAGGGGACCUUUGCGGACGCGUUCGUGCCGCAGGUAUGGGCAUGCGCUCGGUGGAAGAUGGAUGCAGCGGAGCGAUACGAAGGUAGCUGGAGGAACAUCAGCACCAGUUUCCCGAUUAUGCUGGCGAAUAGUCCAUACGACCCGAUUACGCCGCUGAGUUCUGCGUAUGAAGCGUCUGCUGGGUUUAAGAACAGCCGAGUUUUAGUGCAUGAGGGGCAUGGGCAUGGUGUGAUGAAUCACCGUUCAGAGUGCACGAUCAAAGCGAUCCGGGAGUACUUCGCGAACGGUACACUGCCCGAGCAUGGGACUAAGUGUAAGCCCGACCAGACAGCGUUUGAUGCGGGAGGGGUCGAGGCAGGGUGGUGGAAGAUCCUGUUGCAGAGCGCUUAG